UUUGUCAACAACAAAUCCUCAACCAUAUAUAAACCCUCUCUUCUCACUCUUCUCUCUAAUUUAUUACACACAUUCAUUCAUUCUCACAAUUCACAACACAACAACAACACAAACUUUUCCUCUCUCUCUUUCUCUCUUCAUUCCUUCAUCUUCGCAACACUCUCACCAUCAUCAUCAUCUCUCUAAGAGCUAUGUGCCAAUUCGACGAUGAUAACGAUACCUGGGUCGAAACGGCCAUGGCUGACGUCAACCUAGUCGCCAACUUCCUUCUCACCAUGAAGACACCAUCAUCUUCUUCUUCACUCUCAUCUCCACCUCUUAAUCUUCACUGGACCGUCCGUCAACGCCGUUCAAAGUCCCGCACUCGGAAGAUGAAAACCGAUUCGACGAGAGCAAGUCCCACCACGCCUCUCUCCUGGAGCGCCGCCACUUCCGCUAGUGCCGCCGACGGGAACGAAGAAUCCAGCCGUCUCACCAAACCGCUUCACACUUCAAGAUCUAAGGUUGAGGAUCAAUGUGAAGCCAGUGGCAGCAAAAGGCUUAGAAAGAAAAGGUCGCUACCUGAACUACUUGAGGAAGAGAGGUUGCUUCUGAAAGAAAGGGUAAAUUUGAAAGAUAAAGUGGCAUCCAUGCAUCUCAAUGUUGAGAAGCAAAGGGCUAACAAUGAAAGCUUAAAGAAAAUGAAGCUUGAUUUGGUGUCACAAAAGAACACAGAAACAGCCAGAAUUUCUCUGGUGUCACAAAAGAACACAGAAACAACCAGAAUCACUCUGGUGUCUGGAAAAGCUGUUCUCGAUACACCGCGGGUUGCGGACACAAACCGUGGUUCAUCAUCUAAAUUAGUCCGGCCUCAGACAGUUCAAGAGAAGAAGUCAAUUGUCGUUGCAGAGGAUGCUUCAUCGUCUAAAUUUGUCCAGACUCAGACAGUCCAAGAGAAGAAAUCAGUUGUCAUUACAGAGGGUGCUUCAUCAUCUAAAUCAGUCCAACCUCAGACACUCCAAGAGAAGGAAUCAGUUGUCAUUACAGAGGGUGCUUCGUCAUCUGUGCAACGAGAGAUUCAUCGAGAGAAUAAUAACCGAGCAUUACCAUUCCUGCUGCCUGAUCUAAAUCUACCUCCAGAGGAAGAAUAAAACUUCAUCACCUUUUCUUUGAUAAGUUUAUUAACCGAGUCUGCGCAGUUAUAUGUUAGAUCUUGAUCCUUAUAAGAUCUAACGCAUCGGUCCGAAUACUAACCUUAGGUUAUGCUAAUGUAAUUGCUGGUGCUAUUCCAUUUGCUUCCCUCAAAUAGUCGAAAUCACUGAAAAUUGAUUUUUUAAAAUUCAUUAGAGAUUCUGAGGGUAGUGUAAGUGUAGUCACUAGCCAUUAGAGAUUCUGACAACAUUAGCCAUAGUUUCAUUUUUUUUUCCCUUCUUUUCAUGCUUGUCCAAGAUUCUUUUGAGGAAACCCCUCAAUUUUUCUCUUCCUUUCACUAUAGAAAUUGAAAAUAUUUACUGAUAAAUGUAAAUUACAUGGUCUCCGGUUUAUAAUUAAGACAAUUCAUUAAUUUUGGUUAUUUUAGUA